AUGAUUCAAAGCCAAGUACAUAACUCUAAUAUCUACCAGUGGUCAGAAUUUGCUAUUGUCGGUCGUCGGGGCGCUCUCAAGCAGCCGUUCGGGUUGCUAGUGUGGAUGCUGCAGAGGGCAGCUGCCAUCUCUCCAGCCCACCCAAAGGAAAUCUCGGCGGGAACUUACAGUGGGGUAGGGUCUGAGGAGAUGGAUAGUUAG